AGGUUCCUGCUCGGACUUGUCGCGAUUCCGAUUCCGAGGCUGGCAGCCUGCCUUGUCUGAGGAUCCCCUGCACCAGUCCCGCCGUGCGCCUCCCCCGACUCGCGUGCCCCUCCUCCGGGCGGUGCAAGUGGACCUGGUGGGAGGCACCGGCAGGCUAGCGGCCACCUAAUCCACUGCAAUCGCACGCGGGUGUACACGCUUCUCCCGCUCCUGACCUGGGGCCCGGAGCGAGGUCGAGUUACGGAAAAAUAUUUUUUAUAAUUUAACCAGACAGGGCGGGAAGGCGUGGGGCCGGGAGCGGAAUCAAAAGAGGUGGGCAGGCCUCUCACUGGCAUUCUGGGGGCAGAGCCCACGCACUCAUUUCCUGGAGAUAUCCGGCUCCGGCCACCACUGCUGUCCCUGCUGCCUUCGACCUCUGCCACCCCGGCGACCAUGGGUCUGCAGCUCUACCUGGACCUGCUGUCCCAGCCCUGCCGCGCCGUCUACAUCUUCGCCAAGAAGAACGGCAUCCCCUUCGAGCUGCGCACCGUGGAGCUGCUCAAAGGUCAGCACCUGAACACGGAGUUCCUCCCAGCUAACAGCCUGCAGAGGCUGCCUGUCCUCAAGGACGGUGACUUCAUCUUGAGCGAAAGUGUGGCUAUCCUGAUUUACCUGAGUGUUAAGUAUCAGACGGCGGAUCACUGGUACCCAUCAGACCUGCAGGCCCGCAUGCGUGUCCAUGAGUACCUAGGAUGGCAUGAUGACCGCAUCCGUAGCACCUUUGGUGUGUCCCUGUGGGCCCAGGUGCUGGCACCGCUCAUUGGGAUUCAGCUGCCUGAGGAGAAGCUGAGGCGCAAUAGAGCUGCCAUGGACCGGGCCCUGCAGCACCUGGAGGACAAGUUCCUGGGGGACAAGGCUUUCCUCACAAGCCAGCAGGUGACGCUGGCGGACAUCAUGGCUCUGGAAGAGCUGAUGCAGGUUGUGGCUCUUGGCUGUGACCUGUUUGAGGGACGGCCACGACUGGCCGCCUGGUGCCAGCGGGUGGAGGCUUUCCUGGGUGCUGAUCUGUGCCAGGAGACCCACAGCCUCAUCCUGAGCAUCCAGGAGCUGGCAGCCAACAAAAAACUCCCGGACCCUCCCCCAGAGAUGCAGUCCAGUAUGCUGCUUCGUAUAUCCAGGAUCCCCUGACGGGCCUGGGAUAAGGUCGACUGGGGUCAGAAGAUUGGUAGUCUUCAUUCUGUUUCUUACUUUUCAUAUUUUGUCCCUUUUCUUUCUUUGUUUAAGAUUUAUUAUUAUUGAUCUUUAGAGGGGAAGGGAAGGAGAGAGGGAGAGAAAUAUCAAUGUAUGGUUGCCUCUCAUGUGUACCCCACUGGGAACUGGCCUGCAACCCAGGCGUGUGUCCUGAUUGGGAAUCUAACUGAAGUUGUUUGAUUCGCAGGCCCGCACUCAAUCCACUGAGCUACACCAGCAAGGGCCUUUUGUCCCUUUUCAUCUUUUCCAUGUUGUCACAGUCUCUCCGAUUCCCGGAGGAACUCUUCUCAGAUGGGACGUUGAAUGUCCUUGGCAGAGCUUCUCCUCAGGUGCACCAGAUGUAAUCAAUAGAAAAUUAAAAGUUGCCAUAUGUAUAUAAAGAGCUCCUAAAAUUCAAUAACAUGAAGAAAAAGAAAGCAACUAAAAAUCAGUAAAUGCCACCGUCGGUCUUUUAAAUAUAGUGAAGAUUCUGAUACUUUGAUACAGAACCAAGAAUUCUUGCUUUGCCCCGGCUGGUGUGGCUCAUUUGGUUGAGUGUCAUCCUGUAAACUAAAAGGUCACUGGCUCGAUUCGUGGUCAGGGCACAUACCUGGGUUGCAGGUUUGGGCCCCGGUUGGAGCAACUACAGAAGGCAGCCAAUUGCUGUUUCUCUCUUACAUUGAUGUUUCUUUCCCUCCUUUCCUUUCUCUCUAAAAUCAAAAGUUAAAAAAAUGGAGCCCUGGCUGGUCCGGCUCAGUGGACUGAGAGCUGGACCAUGAACCAAAGAGUCACCAGUUUGAUUCCCCAUCAGGGCAUAUGCUUGGGUUGAGGGCCAGGUCCCCUGUGGGGGGGAGGCUCGAGAGGCAACCACACAUUGAUGUUUCUCUUCCUCCCUUCCCCUCUCUCUAAAAAAAUAAAUAAAAUCU